AAGCCCUGAGUUUCUCAAGAAGCAGAGAGCUGGACAGAGGCUGAGCCCGGAGGGAGAGCCAGAGGGGACAAGGAGGGGAGGCAGGGACGCAGUCGGUGGAGGAGACGCAGGGCCGGUGGGGGCAGGGGGAGACCUUCUCCCCAAGUGUCACAAGGGGAGGGGACAACAGUUAAGAAAGGGUGACCAACCGGGGAGAACGACCGGAAAGUGGGGGAGGGGCAGAGAAGUGGAGAGAGGAAGGGUCGGCAGUAAGGACAGAGGAGGAAGACAAAGGGUCAGAGUGGCGGAAAAAGGAAGAUUUGGGCGCGGGGAGAGGGGAGAGGAGAGAGUUGAGAAUUAGGGACUGGGGGGUAGAAUCUGGUAGCAGCAGAGGGACCCGAGGGGGAAAGAAAGACAGGGAGAGGGGACUGGGGAGAGAGGGGUCAAGGGGGAGCCAAAAGGGGUGAGCAAGGAGGGCAGCCAGUUUGUGGGGGAGGAGAAAAGUGGGGCCGCGGGGGAAGUGGGGGUAGAGCCGAGCAGCAGAGGCCCAGGAUGCCCGGGCCGCGCGCCCCGGGGGAGCCCCGGGGGUCCGGGGAGCUCCGGCCGCUGCUGGCGCGCAGGCCGCGGGGGCCCCGACGGUGGCGGCGGGCGGCGGCCGCCGCGGUGCUGCUGGUGGAGAUGCUGGAGCGCGCCGCCUUCUUCGGCGUCUCGGGCAACCUCGUGCUCUAUCUCAACAGCACCAACUUCCAGUGGGCCGGCGAGCAGGCGUCGCGCGCAGCGCUCGUCUUCCUGGGCGCCUCCUACCUGCUGGCGCCCGUGGGCGGCUGGCUGGCCGACGUGUACCUGGGCCGCCGCCGCGCCAUCGUGCUCAGCCUGCUGCUCUACCUGGUCGCCUCCAGCCUGCUGCCCAUCACGGCCUUCCCCGACGGCCGCAGCUCCUUCUGCGGCGAGAUGCCCGUGUCGCCGCUGUCGCCCGCCUGCCCCUCGCCCGGCUGCCCGCGCGCCUCGCCCACCGCCUACUGCGCGCCCACCCUCUACGUCGGGCUGCUGCUGCUCGCCCUGGCCGCCAGCUCCGUCCGGAGCAACCUCACCUCUUUUGGGGCUGACCAGGUGAUGGAUCUCGGCCGCCAUGCCAACCGUCGCUUCUUCAACUGGUUUUAUUGGAGCAUCAAUGUGGGUGCUGUGCUGUCGCUGUUGGUCGUGGCCUUUAUCCAGCAGAACAUCAGCUUCCUGCUGGGCUACAGCAUCCCCAUGGGCUGUGUGGGCCUGGCCUUCUUCAUCUUCCUCUUCGCCACUCCCAUCUUCAUCUCCAAGCCCCCCGUGGGCAGCCAAGUGUCCUCUAUGCUUAAAAUUGCUCUCCAAAAGUGCUGUCCCCAGCUGUGGUGCCGACACUUCACCAGAUACUCUCAAGGUGCCCAGCUGCUGCCCGACCAGAGGUCUGCCCAGCCUGGCCCUUCCCCACAAGAGGACAUGGCCAACUUCCAGGUGCUGGUGAAGAUCCUGCCCGUCAUGGCGACCUUGGUGCCCUACUGGAUGGUGUACUUCCAGAUGCAGUCCACAUACGUCCUGCAAGGCCUUCACCUCCACAUCCCGAACAUUUUCCCAGGCUACGCUGCCAACAGGUCCGUGGCGCUGGGAGCCCAGGCCAGCAGCUACAGGAUCCCGGAAGCCUGGCUUCUGCUGGCCAACGUCAUCAUGGUGCUGAUCCUGGUGCCCGUGAAGGACCACCUGCUUGACCCUCUACUGCUGCGGUGCAAGCUGCUUCCCUCAGCUCUGCAGAAGAUGGCACUGGGGAUGUUCUUUGGUUUCACGUCCGUCAUUGUGGCAGGAGUCCUGGAGAUGGAGCGUUUAGACUACAUCAGGAACAACCAGACAGUGUCCCAGCUGAUCGGGGAGAACGUGUACUACGCAGCACCCCUCUCUAUCUGGUGGCAGAUCCCUCAGUACCUGCUCAUCGGGAUCAGUGAGAUUUUUGCCAGCAUCCCAGGCCUGGAGUUUGCGUACUCAGAGGCCCCACGGUCCAUGCAGGGCGCCAUCAUGGGCAUCUUCUUCUGCCUCUCGGGCGUGGGCUCACUGUUGGGCUCCAGCCUGGUGGCACUCCUGUCACUGCCUGGGGGCUGGAUGUACUGCCCCAAGGACUUCGGGAAUAUCAACAAUUGCCAGAUGGACCACUACUUCUUCCUGCUGGCCGGCAUUCAGGCCGCCACGGCCCUCCUGUUUAUCUGGAUUGCUCGUCGCUAUGAGAGGGCGGCUCAGGCCUCAGUGUCCCAAAGCAGCUCCAGCAGGGACAGGGGCUGAACACGCCCCCACCCCACCUCCUCACCUCUCUGCCCCCCGGGACACAGACAGCAGCAAUCCAGGCUGGA